AUGGAGAAAAUGAAUGUUUUGAAAUAUAUAGGGGUAGUGCUUUUAUGCCUCUUGCUUUUAAAGCCUUGUGUGGGUAUUAGUUCUUUUACUGUGUGGUCAGGGCCAGGGUGUGAUACCCAGGGUCUUCGUUUCAACAACUGUGGGUGUUUUAGCAUACCCAACCAUGGGGGAUAUGAGUUUGUUUACGAUGGGCAGCCUGUGUAUCUUUAUAAUGCUGAUGCUUGCCAGGGUGGAGUACAGACCAUACUUGGUGUCGCUACAACCGACUGCACUGGUUUUGGGUGGAGUAGCGUCUCCAUUGAGUGCUGA